GCAACCUACUUCAAUUGCACCUCUUGCUUCUCUCACUCCCUCAAUUCUCUAUCUAGGGUAUUCAUUAUCUGUGUGAAUAUGUCUGACGAGGAGCAUCAGUUCGAGUCCAAGGCCGACGCCGGAGCUUCCAAAACUUAUCCCCAGCAGGCCGGGACUAUCCGUAAGAACGGAUACAUUGUCAUCAAAGGUCGUCCUUGCAAGGUUGUUGAAGUCUCGACCUCCAAAACUGGAAAGCACGGUCACGCCAAAUGUCAUUUUGUUGCUAUUGAUAUUUUCACUGCAAAGAAGCUUGAAGAUAUUGUCCCAUCUUCCCAUAAUUGUGAUGUUCCACACGUCAACCGUACUGACUACCAGCUCAUUGACAUUUCUGAGGAUGGAUUUGUGAGUUUGUUGACUGACAAUGGCAACACUAAAGAUGACCUCAGGCUUCCAACUGAUGAGGCUCUGCUAACUCAGAUCAAGGAUGGCUUUGCUGAGGGAAAAGAUCUGGUUGUGAGUGUUAUGUCAGCCAUGGGAGAGGAGCAGAUCUGUGCCCUUAAGGAUAUUGGUCCCAAGUAACUUCCUUCGAUGUGGUUUUGAACUUUAAACUGGAAGUCGUGAAAUUAAUAGAUUAGAGAAGGGAUGAAAGAGGCCGUCGUAUUUGUGUUGUAAUGACUGAAUGACGGUAACAUCCUCUACUAUAAAAACUUCCAUCUCUGGUUUAAAUUA